AUGUUCGCCAGUGAGGAGAACACCCAGAUCGUUCGGGUCCGACACUUUGCCACGCACUCCGUCAUUCAGACCAAGACGGACUUCGGCCCGACUCUGGAGGUGAAGACGUUCUUCCUCUUGACCAAGGGAGCGCGGCGAGUCGAUGUGCGCGUGGAGGUCAACAACCAAAAGGGCUCCCAUCGCCUGCGCGUUCUGUUCCAGCCGCCCUUCUUCGUCAAGGAGAUCUACGCCGACAGCCAGUUCGAGGUCAUCAAGCGUCCAGUCUCGGCCAAGUAUUUCCCGCAGCAGAAGUAUAUGAUGGUGUAUGACGACGUGCAGCGACGAGGCCUGGCCAUCGCCAACAAGGGCCUCCCGGAGUACAACGUGGAGCAAAGCAACCUGUGCCUUACGCUGUUACGCGCCGUAGACAAGUUGGGCGAUUGGGGCAAGUUCAGCACCCCGACCGCACAAGAGCUCGGUGUGCUAUCACUGGAGUACUCGAUUAUACCGUUCGUCAACCCCAUCAACAUCGAUCUGUUCCCCUUCGCAGUCCCCGACGCCGAGGCGCGCAAGUUCAACGAGCGGAUCGUGCCGAUCAACGUGAAGGACUACGCCGGCUAUUUUCCGGAGGCGCUCGUGGACACGAGCUUCUCGGAUCUGGUGGGCCUCACCUCCGAGCCCUCCCUCCGCUUCAUCGAUGGCCUCAAGAUGCCCACCACCCCCGAUGGCCUGCGGCAUCUGCCGCAGGACCGAGUGGGUCAGCUGAUGCCGGGUUCGCUGAUCGAGGUGCGACCGCGACAUCUGGUGGUCUCGACGCUGAAGAAGGCGGAGGACAGGGAGAGCCUCAUCCUGCGCUUCUACAGCCCGUUCGAGACCACCGACACCGCGCACGUCUACGUGUCAUCGGCGAUACGGUUCGCCAAGGUAUACCGAUGCGAACUCAGCGAACAGCGACGCGGCGAGGGGCCACUCGACGUAGAAGACCUCGAGGACGGCGCCCGGCUCAUCAAGCUGGUCGUCGGCCCCAAGAAGAUCGUCACCCUCGAGCUCGAGUAG